CCGCGUCCCGCCCUCCCGGCCUCCUCGCCCGGCCGAGCUGGAAGCCGGACCCAGGCCGCCGGGCCCGGCCUCGCCGCCCGCGCCCGCCAUGGCCCGCGCCGUUCUUCCCUGGUAAAGAUGGCGGUGCGCGCUCGCCGCCACCUUUAGACUAAUGACUGUCCGCAACAUCGCCUCCAUCUGUAAUAUGGGCACCAAUGCCUCUGCUCUGGAAAAAGACAUUGGUCCAGAGCAGUUUCCCAUCAAUGAACACUACUUCGGAUUGGUCAACUUUGGGAACACAUGCUACUGUAACUCCGUGCUGCAGGCGUUGUACUUCUGCCGCCCGUUCCGGGAGAAUGUGCUGGCGUAUAAGGCCCAGCAGAAAAAGAAGGAAAAUUUGCUGACGUGCCUGACGGACCUGUUCCACAGCAUCGCCACGCAGAAGAAGAAGGUGGGCGUCAUCCCCCCGAAGAAGUUCAUCUCCAGGCUGAGGAAGGAGAAUGAUCUCUUUGAUAACUACAUGCAGCAGGAUGCCCACGAGUUUUUAAAUUACCUGCUGAACACCAUCGCUGACAUCCUGCAGGAAGAGAAGAAGCAGGAGAAGCAGAAUGGAAAAUUAAAAAAUGGCAACAUGAAUGAGCCUGCUGAGAACAGCAAGCCGGAGCUCACAUGGGUCCAUGAGAUUUUUCAGGGAACGCUCACCAAUGAAACCCGAUGUUUGAACUGUGAAACUGUUAGUAGCAAAGAUGAAGAUUUUCUAGACCUGUCUGUUGAUGUGGAACAGAACACGUCCAUCACGCACUGUCUGAGAGAUUUCAGCAACACCGAGACGCUGUGCAGUGAGCAGAAGUAUUACUGUGAAACUUGCUGCAGCAAGCAGGAGGCCCAGAAAAGGAUGAGAGUCAAAAAGCUGCCCAUGAUUCUAGCCCUGCAUCUAAAGCGGUUCAAGUACAUGGAGCAGCUGCACCGGUACACUAAGCUCUCCUACCGCGUCGUCUUCCCCCUGGAACUGCGGCUCUUCAACACAUCCAGUGACGCUGUGAACCUUGACCGCAUGUAUGACCUGGUGGCUGUGGUCGUCCACUGUGGCAGCGGUCCCAAUCGUGGGCAUUACAUCACCAUUGUGAAAAGUCACGGCUUCUGGCUCCUGUUUGAUGACGACAUCGUGGAGAAAAUAGACGCUCAAGCUAUUGAGGAAUUCUAUGGCCUGACAUCAGACAUAUCCAAAAAUUCGGAAUCUGGGUAUAUUUUAUUCUAUCAGUCAAGAGAAUAAGCGAAGGAUUCUGGGACGACUGGCCGCGGGGAAGUGAGCCGGCGCUGGGACCUGGACUCCCCGCAGACUGGCCUCCCGCCAGCCGCCCGCAAGGUCACUCCUGGUCUCCACGGUCCACCUUGGCCUCCCUCCCUCUGUUUUCCACGCAGCAUUGCUCUUGGUUUAGUUUUAUGGUGAGGUCGGAUUCCCAGCAAAGAGGUUGUCGGAAGGAAAGGCUGACCCGGCAGCUGCCAUGUUGGGGUUGGGUGGUUGUCACGCACGCGUUCUGGCUGGCCCAGUUGGGAUGGCACUCCUGCCAUGGAGGCAUUGCUGGCCACCAGGGUCUCCUUCCUGUGCAUUCCUGUAACAUGUGACCCCUCAAGUGCUGCCUCCGGUGUCUGUGUCCGCCCAAGGCCUGGGCCUCCGGUAUCAAGUGUGUGCUAGUGGCAGCGAGUGACCUGCAGGCAAGGCCCCGUCCACACGGCCUGCAGUGGGGAGCAAGGCCUCGUGGGGUGGCAGGCUGUGUCUGCAAGGGCCGAGGAGUGCGGAGCUCAGGGCAGGCAGGCAAGGCCAAGAGGAGGACGUGUGUGGGCGGAGAAGAGUCCCCUUUCUUACCUUUCUACCAAAACCGAGUUUCAGGAAGAUGUGCUGGGCUGCGUGGGUUUAGCUCCUGUGGGUUGUGGUUCUGCCGUGUCUGGCAUGGCCAAGCUUGCUGGGGCGGCUUUGCGG